AUGAGACCAUCUCACAAGCCCGUGGGUGGUUUGCCCAACGCAGCUCGGGCGAGACAUGCCCACGCCUCUGGCGAUUCGACGGCCAACAGCUCACGCAGUACUACAGAGUACUCCCCAUCCUCGUCCCGCCCACCAAGUCUCUCUCUAUCAAGCUCAAGAGAUUCGGAGUUUGGCCACGUCGAUUCGCCGAUCACGCCUCUGCGUCCCAUUGGACCUCAUGCUCCGCCUCCUCCGCCCAUCAGGAAAGACGCAGUCACUGCGCCUCACUCUUUCCUGCUAGCACCUCCUUCUACAGAGGUCUUUCCGCAAGGGACAACGGGAACAAAUGAAACUCGCGCAGCCUCGCCUGUACCCAGCUCAUCAUCUGGUGGCGAGGUCAAGGGAAAAUUCAGUCGCUUAAGACAUGCAGCUAGCGCGUCCAACAUCGGACGUAGCUUCGGCAAGAAGGGCAAGGCGGCAGCGGUGGACUUUGAUGUCAGUGAGGCGCGAUCAGCAGCCAAAGGCAGCUUCAGCGAUCGCAACGCGUCGUCUUUCGCCCGGACGAUCAGCCAACCAGCCAGAGCGCCUUCGCCAAGCGGCUUCAGCAUGAGCAGUCGCGACGAUGCAAUGAGCGCCAAGGACGUGGGCAAAGGGAGCUUACUCGGCCACGAAGCGUCGGACUACGGCCGCGCGAACAGUCCAGCUUGGCGGGAGUACGACGAUGACGAAGAGGAAGUAGGAAAGAAGAGCAAAGCGGGAAAGAUUUGGGGUCAGCUCUUCAGCAAACAGAGCCAGCAGGGCUCUGUAUGGACCUCAAAUUCCUCCACUGACGGCGCGUCUCAGCUAUCAGGUUCUGGAAAAUCUUCCCACAAUGGCACAUUGAGGAAGGCGGACCGACUGCUCGGGCUGGGAGAACAGGAGCGUCUUCGACAGGACCAGACCAGUAGUCCAGAGCCACGUGAAGGGGAACGCCUCCGGGCGCUCAACAAAACACCGCAGCCGCGUGCAGACUUCAUUCCGGACGUCCUCGCAGAGUAUUCCGCGGACUGGCGGCCACCUUAUCGUCAAUCUACCUCCUCCCGCCCCUUCACUCCCGGACAUCAAAGACAGCAAGGCAGCAGGGGAAGCAGUCAGAGCAACAUGACGUCUUCUUCCGUGAGCUCCUCCUCUUCGCAAGCCAGAAGACUUAAUCACAACCACAACAUUUCGACCUCUUCCCACGAUAGCUUCGGUACAUCGACUACAUCGGAAUCGCGCAUCUCAGAUCAGGCCCCUGUCUUGGAUCACCCUCUCGUCCUGGCAGGAAGAGACCUGUCAGAUGACAUCGAGGCGAUGCUCCGAUCGCAACGAGAUUCUGUCCAGGAUCUUGAGGCCCUGCUAAAUGCUCACCGUCAUAUCACGAAGAAGAGGGCGAGUCAACUUCCUCAGAGAAGAAGCAGAGACAAAGCGUCCAUUGCGUCCCAUUCAGUCCCUGCCUUGCCAGGAUCUUCCUCGACCUCUCCGGCUUCCCUGCAUGCGCAGGCACUUCCCUCCCCGCCAGAGUCACUGACUUUCUUGCCGACCCAUAGAGGCGGAGGGCGUAUCGGACAGUCCAGCCUGUCUUCGGCAGUGACGGACUGGUCGACCUCUUCGUAUAGCCAAUCGACAUCUUUCAGCUCCAACAUCACCCCAGAUAUCCGCACGACAACAGAUCGAGCGGGCAAUGCGUCUACACGGCCUCCAUUCAUUACUGCUAAGUCUGAGCUGCGCAAGGGCUCAACGAGUUCCAUCGACAUGUCGCGAUUGUUGUCCGAGCCUGCCCCGCCCACCAAUGGCAAGCUGACGCCUGAUCAGUUUCAAGACGCCACGGAAGAAGCUCGCAGCCAAGGAAGUCUGCCGGCCGGAAAUGGGCGAGGCACACAUCCACGCGAGGAGGUCGACGUGACUGCAAUCGCCCUCCCUCCGACGUCUUCGAAAGGUGGACCCGCUACGAGGAGCGCUAUUACCAGCGAUGCGCUGUACACAUUGCCCGCUUUCCAGAGAGUCACGUCCCAGGCAGUCUUAGACCCUGGAGUGGGGGACGCGCGUGACGAGAAGCUGUCGAGAAAGGAGAGUCCUGCAGAAAUGUCAGCUGCACCCGCGACGCUCCCUCUUCAGGCACGAGCAGCGCAGACGCUGGCUUCGCUCCCUCCGUUGGCUUCCCUGCUGGAGGCUUGCCUCGUGGCCAGUGGCAACAACAGCAAGGCAGCGAAGAACCCUUGGUAUGGCUUCCAACAGCAGCAGCCUGAUCUGCUGACAAGCAGCACUCCGAAAGACCAGCUGCCAACUACUUGGGCAGCCUAUAUGCAGCUGUAUGCCCAAGGAGAUCUGGAUCUGACAGAUCCUCCGCGACCUGUGAGUGCGCCUGUCAUUCGUAAAAGUAGUAUGCGCUCUGGCCCAAAUCCGGCAAUGGAUCGCUUCGGGCCGACAAUCGAGCUCCCUUCGAACAACGGAGGUAAGACGCCGGGUACUGGACUGGACUUCAAAUUCCCAUUGCCGCCUAACAGGCAGGGAGUAUCCGUGGCUGGCGGUACUCAAGGCACGGGCGCAAACUUCAUGAAGAUGCUCAAAGGUCAGCGCAAAGGAACCGGCUCUGGCGACGCUACUGCUUCUGGUCGUUCGACACCGGCUUUGAGCAGAGUAGGCUCUGCUGCCGAAGGCGAAGGACUAGAGGCUUACCUCCGGGACGGAGACUUGCUCGAAGCGGUGGAAGCGGCUGCUGGCGGAGGAGUUGGUGACUUGAAGGCGGCGCGUCCGCCGUACGAGACAAAGCGGCAACAGGCUACUAUGCUGUAUCUCUCUGCUUUGGGUUUCCUCGAUUCUCGAGGCAGGAGAGGCAGUGAUCCUUUCGGUCGUCAGGACUCUGUUCAGCAAGCGUCACAAGCCUAUCGCAAUGCCCGGCUGAUCAGCAUCGUGGAGCAGAUUGCUGGCCUGCUGAACACUGCAGAGGCAUCAAUCCAGCUCAUCUCGGAUGACGAGGUCCUUCUGCUGGCUCACACUGGGCAGAUGAUCACCUCACAUGAUGACAUUACGCGGACUCCAAGGCCGAACACUGAAGGGCGCAGUCGUGGAGGAGCUGGGGCGUUGGGGGUCAAUCUGUUUGAUGGGUCAGACAGCAGGCGAAAUUCUGUCGCCGACCCAGCAAAUCUGCGAGACGACUCUCUGGAUGCACAUGCCAUCCUGAGCCGACGCGGAGCUCCUGUCGUGUUGCCGCACAUUCAAGGCGACUGGAGAUUCUCGCAGCGCGAUCGGGUCAGCGGUGCGAGUAGUUCGGCCGCUUUCUGGGGUGCCGCUUCUAUCCUUUCGAGCGAUGGCAUGCCCGUCGGCACGAUCAGCGUAUACGACUUCCUGCCUCGCCGAGAAGGCUUAAGCAAGGACGAGAAAGCUCAAUUGGCAGAGGCUGCGAAGGAGGCGGGGCUCGAACUGGAGAGGAUCCGCCGCGUCGCCCUGGGUAACAGGCUGGCUCUAUUCGACGAGAGUCUCCUCUCGUGGUCGAUGUCCGACCACCGCGAGACCUCCUCACACGAGCAGGCGGUUGCCAGUACGUUCGGCAAGAGCCAGGGUCUCCUGGUCCCUCCGGGAUCGAUUGAUCCCGGAGCCCUCUCUGCUCUGCCUUUGCAGCCUCCAAGUCCAAACGGCUCCCUCGCUCAGCGUAGAGGCGUCAAAGCACCUCGAAGUCUCGAUGUUGUGGGCGUGGGCCCAGCGUCUCCGCGUAGUGCUAGCCUUCACCCACAGAUGGCGACGUUCCAGGCAGCUCUUCGGACCAUUGCUUCUGCUCUAGGCAUGGACCUGGCAUACAUCGCCCAAGUCGGACUGCGGCGUGCCCCUACUUCGCCCGAGAUGUCAGAGAGCAUGGAGUGCACGACAAUCGCGCGGUAUGAUGCAGGACUUACAAUGUCAGCUCCAGAGCUUGCAUUGGACGCACCUCUCCACCUCUGUGCCUUGGCAGCAGCUAAGCGAGGAUUGCACUUCCAACAGGAUCCUGUGCGAGUCUCACAACUCUUGGGUCAAUCUCCGCCAUCCGCUUCAUCGACUGCCGGCGAUGUCUUCCAUACCGCGGCAGUCGUGAGCUGUGGUCUCAAGGACGGUGCACGCGGCGCCAAGAAUCCCGAGGGAUGGGUCCUCGCAGUGGCUAGCUGCGCUCCUCGUGCACGCAUGAGCCCGGAAGGCACCGUCUACCUGCUUCGCUUUGCAAGUCUCUUGGCCCCCUUCUUGUCCGAAGCACCCAAGUCACCACUUCCCGCCAGUGCGACUGCGCCCGCGACUCGAACCAUCGGCCGAGCGAGGGGCUUGAGUUCCCCCGCUCUGCCCAAAUUCCGACCACCGAUGCUGAGCGAGCACCGCAGUCGCAGCAUCAGCUUCUCACGCAACAGUCCAGGAAACACCAUCUCGCCUCCUCUACCCCCACCCAGUGGCGCACUCCCAUCGCCCCCGCCCUUUUCACCCAGUGUGGGGUCCGCAGGCUCCUCGAUUCGCUCUGGGCCGAGCCCGGUCACUAGUCUGAGGCGUCUAGCGCCCAUGGCUCCACCGCCGCUCUCGCCUCCUCCGACCGAACCUCUCCCGCCGCUGCCCAAGGGUGGUGGAGUUCACGGGGCAAACGUAGCCGUCAGCUCUCCUCUGCGAACCUACUCCCCUCUCCCUGCUCAACCAAUCAGUCUCCCUACUGCUGCUGCUGCUGCUGGAGGCUCUUCUUCCUCAUCGCCCGCCAGACCUAGCCCGCCAACACGCAGCAUCUCGCAACCUCGCACACAUCAGAGUCGCGCGGCGAUGAACCGGCACAAGGCCCGGUCUUCCUCGGCGCACCUCGAUGGAGAGUCGGUGGAGACGGUGGCGAGCUCUACUUCGCGUACGGAGCUGGCGGCGAUUCAAAUGCAGAAUGAGAGGUAUUGA